AUGGCCUCAUGUGACUUCGACAUGUGUUUUACAUUUAUAUCGGUUGGGUGGGAAGGAUCAGCACAUGAUACACGUGUCUUUCUUCAUGCAAUCGAGACAUCAUCUAUGAACUUCCCGAAACCUCCUGAAGGUCGAUAUUACUUAGUUGAUAAGGGAUAUCCAGACCGAAAAGGAUAUUUAGUGCCAUAUCCGAGGAUAAGAUACCAUCAAUCUGAGUUCCAACACGAGUUGCCAAAUAAUGCAGAAGAAGCAUUCAAUCGGGCUCAUUCAUCUCUUCGAAGUUGCAUCGAAAGAUCAUUUGGAGUACUGAAAAAGAGAUGGAAAAUACUAAGUAAAAUGCCUAAGUUUAGUGUCGAGACACAGAUUGAUGUGAUAAUGGCGGCAUUUGCAUUGCAUAACUUCAUUCGGAUCAAUUCAAAUGAUGAUUUGAUGUUUGGAGUGCUUGAGAAGCAUCCAGAGUACAUACCCAAUGAUGAACUACAAGAUGAAUCUACUUCACAUCCUGGCUACGACAAUUCAAGAGAAACCAAGAAUGUGAUGAAAAAUAUUCGCAAUGAUAUUGCAAAGAUGAUUUGGAGUGCAACAAUAUAG